UUGUUGACAAUCAGUUUCAUACAUAUAAGACAAAGAUGUUUAUGAAGAAUGUAUUGAUGAAGACAUUGCUAUUUAUUUUAAUAAUAAUCAUUAAUUUAAUACAAAUUAAUUGUAAAUUUAAAACAGUUUGUUAUCUUCGAGUUGAUGAAAGUCAACGAAUUGAUGUCCAAACAAUCAAUGGUACCCUUUGUACUCAUAUUAUUCUUGCUUUUGCUGUGUUAAACAAUGGCAUAAUUGUUCCCAAAGAAGUUGACGAUAUAUUUUAUUACCAAAACGUGACAACACUUAAAACCAAAUAUAAUGAUUUAAAAGUUAUGCUAUCAAUUGGUGGCGGAGGUAGUGAUGGAUCAGGUUUUCAUGAGAUCUGUUCCAAUCAGACAAACAUUGAUAGAUUUGUUUGGUCUGUAUUGGAUUUUCUGUUAAAGUACAAUCUCGAUGGACUUGACCUUGAUUGGGAGUUUCCCGCCUGGAAUACCCCCUUUCCAAACGAUAAAUAUAAGUUUACCCAACUUUUAAAAACACUUCAUCUUUGGUUUGGUCGACAACAGAACCGAAUUGAUAGGAGACAUGAUUUGCUGUUGAGUUGUGCCGUCUCUGCAAUUGUCAAUGUAGUCGACGGCGCCUAUGAUAUGCCAGAUAUGGCUCAAUAUAUAGACUUUGUUAACGUAAUGUCGUAUGACUUCCACAUCUAUAGCAAAUACUGGCCGUUCACGGGAUAUAAUUCACCACUUUUUAAUCGAAAGGUCGAAAAAAGUUAUUUCAGUUUAUUGAAUACAAACCGAUCUAUCAAUUAUUGGGUCGACUUAGGGAUGUCUAAAGACAAGAUUAUGGUAGGAAUUCCCACAUAUGGUCACACAUAUGUAUUGGCCAAUACUGAUCAUACGACACCUGAUUCGGCAGCUAUUCAACAGUUGGAUGAUAUUUCAUAUCCAAGUGUUUGUCAAAUGAUGCGAAACAGUUCAUCAAAAGUGAUAUUUGAUGUCGAGUCCAAAGUGCCAUAUCUUGUCAAUGAUAAUCAUUGGAUCAGUUAUGACGACGAGAUAAGUGUUGCCUUCAAAGCUCAAUGGAUUCGCGACAACGGAUUUGCCGGAGCCAUGACUUAUGACCUAAACAACGAUGACUUCAACUAUAUUUGCAAUAAUGAAACUAAAUUCCCAUUGCAUUCAAUUAUUUAUUCAAUUAUUAAUUAG